AUGCAAAAUGCACGAAUCAUGUGCAUGGCCAUUUUCCUGCUGAUCGUUGGUUUCGUCGGCGCCGAAAACUUGUUUUUCUCAGACUGCGGUAUUCGAACAUCCCGUCGUCAACCGCGGAGAGACUUCACCAUGGCCGAUCCGAUCGGCAAUCACAGUCGCGGCGCACAGCCGUUGGUCCGAAACGCCAAGAUAAUGCACGGAACCCCGACGAUGGAAGGUCAGUAUCCGUGGCAGGUGUCACUGGAAUUGCUUCACCCAUCGUACGGUUUCAUCGGGCACUGGUGUGGUGGCGUACUAAUUGAUCGAAAUUGGGUUCUCUCGGCCGCACACUGUAUUCACAAUGACUUGUUCAAUCUACCUCUGCCGGCCUUGUGGACGGUGGUGCUCGGUGAGCAUGACCGGCAAACGGAAUCCGGAUACGAGCAGCGCAUUCCGGUGGACAAAAUUAUUCUGCAUGAAAAGUACCACAACUUCAAGCACGAUCUCGUGCUGCUUAAGUUGGCGCGGCCAGCAAACACGGCGCCAAACACGAGGGUGCGAAAGAUAUGUCUUCCCUUCGCUGACUUCAAGGUGAACAGUGUGGCAUUUGACCCGCGUCCGGAACAGCAGGAAAAACCAACACCAGCCGGCCAACCCACCUAUUUCUUCGAGCGUGAGACCAACGCCGAGGAAGAUCCGAUCACAUCAUCGGUCCCGGAAGAUUCGGAACCGUUUCCGGAGUCGGUACCAUUUCGGGAUGACAACUUUCUGAAGCGCUUAAAGAGUUCUUUCGAGCAGAACGCACUCACUGGCCGCACGAAUCAGCCAAGGACGGCACGGUUCAUGAUAAAUCAACUGGUCGCACGGAAGCUCCGGUCGAAGGGCCACCGGCACAAUGGUGAAAACGAAAGCCCCGCGCAGGACGUUACAGGCAGAGAUUUUCAGUCAAACGCGUCGAGCAGUUCCGCCCGUCGUGUUUUCACAAUUAGUACUGCGCGGCCGGUGGACAGAAGUAGGUGGCGAACGCAUGGCAGCAAUGGUAUGCGUUGGAACUUUCAUCCGCUGGCGGAAAAAAUAGCCGUCGACAGUGGCGAUUCGGCGAGUCAUCAGCACCGGCGAUCCAGUAUGAACAGCAAGUUCGGGAACAAUAGACGGCGGAACGAUAAAUUUUCCCAUGCACCCGUAUACUAUCGGAACGAACCGAACUAUCGGACCGAGGACUUGCUCGAUCAUCCGUCGAUCGAGCGUGAAGAUAUCGCGACGGCGGCGGCGGGCGGAUUGACGCCGGAGGCUGGCGGCUCGGCCGGUGCGAUGCCCGAUACGUCACAGUAUGUCGACUGCCUGGCAACAGGUUGGGGAAAAUCGACCAUCGACGAUGAGUUGACCGAUGUGUUGCUGCAAACACGGGCUCCCAUACAGGCCAGUAAAAAGUGCGAGGAAGCGUACGGUGACUUCAUAAAACUGCACAGAGGACAUCUUUGCGCCGGAAAUUUAGACGGUGCCGGUGGAACGUGUGUGGGAGAUUCUGGAGGACCAUUACAGUGUCGUAUUAGUAAACGUGGACCGUGGAUUUUGGUUGGCAUUACUUCAUUUGGAUCAGGAUGUGCGUUUAAAAAUUAUCCCGAUGUGUACACGAAAAUUUCCUUCUACCGGCAGUGGAUAGCAGAAACUAUACGCAAUAAUUGA